UCUUCUACGAGUAUACGUUGUCGAUUUACUUUUUAUCUCUUUCGCGUUUCUAUCGACUCUCUCUCGAGUGUCUCGAAUGUGACAUGGCGUCCAUCAAGAUGUAUUGCGGCCUCUUAUAAAACUAUAACGGUGGUCUUAUUUUACAUUUUGUCACUGAUGCCGUAAAAUAAUCGUACAUUUGCAUUGAUGGUAAUGCAUGCAAGGAAACCUCAGCGAAUAAGCGAUGGGUACUUUGAGAAGCACCAAACCCAUCCGUAUCAGAAGUACAAUUCCAAGAUUGAGAGGACAAAUAGUGACUACAUUCCUGAAACACGCUAUGCAUCACUUAGAUCACCAAACGGCAAUGUGUUUACACAUGGACACGGUCACGGCGGCCACACCGGUCACUCUGCCCACUCGGCCCACCACCACUACAGUCAUGUGCCCGACCAAAGGCCACAUACAAUACCAAGAAAUUCCUACAUGCAAAAAGAUUCCGAAAAGGAGAGAGAUCGAGACUACAAAUCAUCUAGAAAUAAGUACACAGACAGUGUUCGAUCACCGAAAGAGAAACGUAGCAAAGAAUGUGAUAGAGAGAAGAACAACCAUGAACGAUGUGAAUCUGAGAAAAAAAGUAGGACUAGUAGCAUGAACUGUAGUGUUAGUAGGAGUAGUAAAUAUGAUAAACGAAGUGCACCAGUUCCAAGCGUGCCUACAGGAAGUGAAUGGUCAGAACAUAUUAGUUCAUCAGGGAAGAAGUACUAUUAUAACUCUAUCAGUGAAGUGUCACAGUGGGAGAAGCCACGGGAAUGGGACUCCCGCAGGACAACAUCCAAAGAUUCCACAUACUCUGCAAGAAGCAAUCGUGACAGAGAGAAAAGGUCGCGGUCGCGGUCAGGACGGCGGGAGUCGGAGCAGUCGCGCAGCAAGCGCUCCAACAACGCCUCCGACCGAUACUGGAGCGGACGAGAUGACGACUCGCAUCCGCACGAACGACAGCGACCCAAACACUCGCACGAUGCCAAGGAUGGCCAGCCUCAGGACAUGGACAUCUCGCCUGACCGCAGCACGCCGCUGUCGGAGGGCUCGUACGCUCGCGACCCCCCGCGCUCCGACAACGCCGUGCCCCCCGUCGUCGUGCUCGACAACUCUAACCAGCCCACGGGAUCGCUGCUGGCGGCGGCGUUACCGCGCAUCGUGGCCACGCCGGUGUCGAUGGGCAGCGGGGUGUCGGCUGCGACGGGCACGGGGGGUGCGACGGGCAUGGCGGGGGGCGCGACGAGCCUGGCGGGCGCGGCGUGCACGGACACGGGCGGGUGUACGCCGCACCGCGACGCCGGACCCCCUACGCCGACGCAUUCGGAGAACACGGACCCCCAUGCGCCGCCCCUCCACCUCGACGCGGCGCUGCCCAGGAAGAUGGAGUGCCUGGGCAGCUACUCGUCGGUCGUGGGGGGUCCGCUGCAGCACGCCGUACCCAUGCUGACCCCCUCCCUGAUGAACUACGUGCGCGCGGACCUCACCGCGCACGUCGCCGCCUGGCCCGCCGACAUACUCGAGAAACAGGCGAACAAGUUCACAGAGGAGGCGUACCAGCUGGGCUGUCUGCAGUGCACGCGCGUCUCCGCAGAGCUCAAGUGCGCGCGCUCGCUGGUGCGCCACACAGAGAUACAGGCUACGCUGCAGGAACAAAAAGUGAUGUACCUGCGGCAGCAGAUCACGAGGCUGGAGGAGCUCAAGUCGCAGAACUCGUUCAUGUCGGACGACUAGGAGUCGGCGUGGGGCCGAGCCGCGUCGGACAUGCCGCGUGACCCACGCGUCUACUACACGUGACCCACGCGUCUACUACACGUGACCCACGCGUCUACUACACGUGACCCACGCGUCUACUACACGUGACGUCGCGUCCGCCCCACGCUAAUACUUCCUUGAUGAUUACAAUCAUCGGUCAGUUGUAAGGGUACAGUGUUUUGUAACGUGUUUAUUUGUAAAAAAUGGAAAUGAUAUGAACUUAUUUGUUAGGUGUCCGCCGCUCGUUAGUGUGCGUUUGUUGUGUUCAUUGCCCGACACGCAAACAGUGCAAACAGUCUUAUAUAGUUUUGAUUUGAUCAACGGAUCGAGUACAUUGUGGAGUAUACAUCAAUUUAAUGCCUUUCUUAAUAAUU